CAUCUAGGCUGACCAAUGAACUAUCCCAUAAAGUACAAUUUCGACCAAUCAACGUUUAAGGGGGCGGGGCUUUUAGACAUCACACAAACUCCAACGACGAUUCAGGGAGUGCAGGCAAGUCGUUGGAACGGCAGUGUUAGCUUUUUGCACAGCGGAAGACUUGAAAUGAACAGAAUACGCAUUCACGUUUUACCUUCGAGUCGUAACCGGACAACCCAAGCAAGCCGACCUCAGGAGCCCCAGGUCUGCUCCUUCACCCAGCGACCAUGUUCACAGCCUCGCUUGGAGGGUCUGGAGUUCUGUAUGAAACACAUUCUGGAGGACAAGAACGCCCCAUACAAACAGUGUAGCUACGUCUCUGCCAAGAAUGGCAAACGCUGCCCCAAUGCUGCUCCAAAGGCCGAGAGGAAAGAUGGAGUAACAUUCUGUGCAGAACAUACCCGUAGGAACGCCAUGACCCUCCGAGCUCAGAUGAGAAAGGCUGCUUCUGGUCCGUCUCCAGAGGCUUUGUUAUCUGAGCUCAGCGGCUACAAUCGUGGAGAGACGCACACUCAGGAUGGAGGACGCUCCGAAGGUAGCAGAGUUCUUGAUGAGGACAGUUUUAGUGAGGAGGACCAGGGACCUUUGGCGUUGGAUCAGACCUGGAGAGGAGAUCCUGACAGCGAGGCUGAUAGUGUAGACAGCGACACUGAGGAUCCUCUUAAGCAUGCUGGAGUUUAUACUGCAGAGGAAGUGGCGUUGGUCACACGAGAAAAACUGAUCCGACUGCAGUCCCUCUACAUCGACCAGUUCAAACGCCUGCAACACCUACUCAAAGAGAAGAAGCACCGAUAUCUGCACAAUCGCAAAGUGGAGCAUGAAACUCUCGGAAAUAAUCUGCUGACGGGGGCUGAAGGCCUGUCAAUAAAGGAGAGGGAGAACCUGAAGAAGCUCAAGGCUUUGCGUCGAUACCGUCGCCGCUACGGGGUGGAGGCGCUGCUUCACAGGCAGCUCAGGGAGAGGAGGCUUGCAGUGACGGAGGGAGUCCCUCAGGCCAAACCAACCAAUGACACAUGCAUCUCCUUUGUGGAGGGAACCAGAUGCACCAGUCCUUGCCUUCCAAUGGCUCGUCACUGUGUUUCACACAUUUACCAAGACAGCAACCAGGUUCUUUUCAAAAUCUGUCCCGGCGUUAAAGAUGUUCCAUGCAGCCGCACCGUGCACAUGGGUCAGUCGGACGAUCCGCGCUGCCUUCUCCACCUCACUCUGCCUCCACCCAUGCACCAGCCGGAGGAGGAACCUCCACCGCAGGAGCAGUUCACCCCAGCGAGCAAAGACAUGUACCUCAGUGCAGCAGAGCUUCAGCCCACAGAGAGCCUUCCCCUGGAGUUCAGUGACGACCUGGAUGUAGAAGGGGACGGCAUGCAGGGUCCUCCGUCACCUCUGCAGUUUGACACAGCUCUUGCUCUGGAAGAUCAAACCAUCAGAGCCAUCGCUGAAGCCCCCAUGGACAUCCUAACCGGAGAAGACCCGGUGGACCUGGACGCCUCGGCACAGGAGCUCUCCGAAAGAGAUGUGGAUGCCAUCAUGGAUGACCAGGUGGCGUCAGAGGCGGCUGCAGGCGAAGAAGAUCCCAUAAACAGUUCAGUUGAGGACGUCCCCAGUGCUGCAGGCCACACUUCACAAUGAGCAGUCGCUCAGAAAGAAACAGCUCAGUGACAUGGAACCCUCGGUUACAGCUCACUGUUCUCCUUCACUGGAAGAAAAACACCAAAAGACUAACUCUACUCCUGGAAUGUGUCCAGAUUUGUGGCGUUUACAUCCUUAACAAGUCAGAAACAUAUUGUCAUCAUACUUACAGCUGUGGUUCCUUCCAAAACUUUUGAUUUUGACAAACAUUUGGAUUAUAGUAAUAUCUACCACCAGGUUUUCUGAAAUUGGACUUGUAAAAAAAUAUUUCUUCCAGGUUCAUUUCAAAAGUUGACAUUAAAAUAAAUCCAGUUUCCAGACUUA